AUGUUACGUAUGGUGAAAAUUUAUUAUCGUGCCAGAAUUAUAGCGUUUAAUCCAUGGAAAAGUAGACCUUCUGGGCUAAAUCUCAAUGGACGUCCACAGAUGGUGAAUCCUAGUUAUUUUAAGGGCGCUUACAGACGUCAAAAUCCAGAUGAUCCCACACGUCUUCUCAAGAUAAGGCAUGUUCUUUUAAAGCGCUGCCGUUUGUGUAAGCGAACGCUUUUUGUGCCUCUUAGUCAAAAAGACCAUUUUCACACCUGUUGUGAGGGGGUUCCCAUGAAGGUCUAUGCAAAUAUGGAAACCGUGAUGAACUCGGAAUAUAAACUUUUGGCCCACUCCAGGCAGUGGGAUGUUGAAAGUGAUCGUCCAUGGUGCAAUUCACAUAAACCACGACCUAAAGGCAGAUCCAAGUUCAAAAAAUAG